AUGCAUCUACAAGUCGAACUUUUCUCAGUGCAACGCUUUGCCCAAAGAGCACCUGACCUUGUGGUACUGCCCCAUGCACCUGCAAUAGAGAAGACACAGCUGGUUCUAAAUGUCGACAAACAGCUUGAAGAAGUCAGAGAGUUGCUCGAGCAGAUGGACCUGGAGGUUCGAGAGAUCCCUAUUCAGAGCCGAGGCAUGUACAGCAGCCGUCUGAAGAGCUACAAGCAAGAGAUGGAGAAACUUGAGAAAGAGUUUAAAAGGUCACGUAUUGCCUACAGUGAUGAGGUGCGGAACGAGCUCCUGGGGGAUGAUGGGAGCUCCUCCGAGAGUCAGUUGAUAAAGUUACGUGAAGAGAGAGCACAUCUGUUGGACAACACAGAGAAGCUGGAAAGGUCAUCUCGGAGGCUGGAAGCUGGCUACCAGAUAGCAGUGGAAACCGAGCAAGUGGGACAGGAGAUCCUCACCAACCUGCACAGCGAUCGCGAGAAGAUCCAGAGAUCCCGUGAUCGGCUGAGAGAGACGGACGCCAACUUGGGCAAGAGCUCUCGGAUCCUGACCAGCAUGCUGAGAAGGUAAGAGGAAGGUAGGGACCGUUUCUGAUACCUCUC